AGGGUGACCAGGCAAUACUUCAGAUUUGAUAGAACGAGUACCAUAACGCAUAGCAUCAUGACCACCAAAUUCAGCGUGUGUUGUAUUUAAAGUGCUUGUUACUUUUUCAGUAUGCGUUUCAGGUGCAAUACGAAGAGACUAUCAAGGCAAUAAGUAUACUUCUAUGUUGAAUACAGACAUCUUACCAUGAUAAAAGUAUAAAAAAUAAAAAAUAAAGAAAAAAAAAAGAGUGCUUGCGCGUCUAUAGAUGAAAAAGCAGUCAGUGAUAGGGAUAUCCAAAUAAAGUAACUAUUAUUUCCGCAUAAAAAGUACGUCAUUCAGGCCAUUCAACUCUAUCUGAUCCAAGUAGCCUUCCCCCUCUCUCUCUCUCUUUUUCUUUUUUUUCCCAGUGUGAGAAAUUCCUUUUCCUUUCUUUUGAAUGACGCCUAUUACUCAAAGAACCAAUAUUAUUGAUAGUCAUGUUCACUUUUGGCAUCCAGAUCAAGUGUAUGUGUCUUGGAUCAAACAAGAUAACAAGGCCUUUUUUAAGCAUAAAGAUGCACACGAAUACACAGAACAAAUAGAGAAGUCUGAUGUGUACAUCCAAUCAGCAGUCUAUGUCGAGACUGAUGUCGAUGCAUGCCAUGGUCUAGUAGAAGCAGAUUGGAUUGUACGCUAUGCAGAUCAAAUCCAAUCCAAUGCUGUGUUUGGUGGUAUUGGUGCUAUUGUGGUAUUUGCACCUGUCUAUCAAGGGAAUCACGUCAGGAACUAUCUUGAUACGCUUAUCCAUCUCUUAAGGGAUAAACAGUCUUAUGUCAAAGGUGUUCGUUAUCUACUACAAGACCCCACACAAGACCCGCACCGUGUCCUGAGCCCUGAGUUUGUUCAAGGUAUUCAAGCACUGGAGGCCUAUCACCUCAGUUUUGAUUUGACCAUCAACUGCAAUGACCAUCCUGAACAGUUCCCUCCUUUACAGACACUUGUGUCACUCUGUCCUCGUGUGAGGUUUGUGCUGGAUCAUAUGGGUAAACCACCUUGUGAUAGUCAGCCAGGCGAAAAACGAUUUGAAUUCUGGAGACAACAGAUUCACCAAUUAGCUCAGUUCCCUCAUGUGUACUGUAAAGUGUCUGGUCUAUUAACUGAGUUUAAAGAGAACCAUGACGAUGUUGCUAAGCAAUUGAAACCAUUUAUACAAGUGAUACGUGAUAGUUUUGGUGUAGAUCGUAUCAUGUUUGGUGGUGAUUGGCCCAUUGUUGAAUUAUCGCAUUCAAAUUGGCAGCAAUGGUAUCAAAUUCUAUCUGAUAUCAUUCAAGAUUGGUCGGCAGAAGAAAAAAACAAAUUAUUUGUUAUAAAUGCAGCUCAUUUCUAUCAACUGUAAUAAUGUGCUCCUUUAUUUUAUUUUUAUUAUGAAAAAUCCUGUAGAAUUACCACCUACACCUUCCUCUUCUUAUAUGAUACAUCAUGAAUGGAAAGGUAAUAGUCUUAUUUUAUUUCUAUAGCUAACAAUAUUAUACAGAACCAAGUCCUCGUUUACCUUCAAAUUAUGGUUCGAUAUCAACAGAAUCAAGAGCUGAAUCACCCUCAUUGAGUUUAUCUACUAAAGAGGAUUCCAACCCUCUCCAUACAAAUCACAUAAUAGUGAUGAUGAUAGUGAUAGCUACAGUAUAGACAGUAGUAUCACGGAUGUA